UUCCUUUGGAGUUUGGGAGGAGAGACGUGGGGAGGAGGGGGGGUGGAGAAGCUGCCUCUCUUAGGGCCUUCGUCAGAGCCAAGUGGCCAGGAAGAGCCCGAGCCCCUCGGAGCAGCGAGGUCCGGGACGGGACGGGAGCCGGGACCGCACCCCUCCAGGACAAGAUGAAGCAGCUCUUCCUGCUCUUCCUCCUCGGGCUCAUCACCAGGUCCUUGCAGAUCGAAGACAACAAGAUCCCUGGGCUGUGCUCAGGGCAGCCAGGCAUCCCGGGGACCCCGGGCUUGCACGGGGGGCAGGGUUUGCCAGGCAGAGACGGACGGGAUGGCCGGGAUGGAGCCACGGGGAUGCCAGGGGAGAAGGGCGAGAUGGGCCCUCCUGGAGUGCCCGGUCCCCGCGGGGAGGUGGGCAGCCCCGGCGUGGACGGGCUGCACGGUGAGAAGGGGGCUCAGGGCGAGUGCGCCGUGGCUCCUCGCUCCGCCUUCAGCGCCAAGCGCUCCGAGUCCCGCAGCCCUCCCCUGGCCGACCAGCCCAUCCUCUUCGACGUGGUGCUCAUCAACGAGCAGGGCCACUACGACCCUGCCACGGGCAAGUUCACCUGCGAGGUGCCCGGCCUUUAUUACUUCGCCGUGCACGCCACCGUGUACCGCACCAGCCUGCAGUUCGACAUCAUGAAGAACGGCCACUCCAUCGCCUCCUUCUUCCAGUACUACGGCAACUGGCCCAAGCCCACCUCGCUCUCGGGGGGCACCCUGGUCCGCCUGGAGCCCGAGGACGAGGUGUGGGUGCAGGUGGGCGUGGGGGACUACAUCGGUUUCUACUCCAGCGUCAAGACGGACAGCACCUUCACCGGCUUCCUCGUCUACUCCUACUGGCAAAACUCCGCCGUGUUCGCCUGAGCCCGCCCCGGGCUCGGUGGGGCCGGGCAGUGCCCCCUCCCAGCGGGGUGGGACGGGGGCAGCGGGACCCUGCGCUGUUUGGGCACACACACCAUCCCUCUGCCCUCGGGGGUACCGGGGAGCAUCCCCGCAGCAGCGCUGGCUCAGAGCUCGCUGUUAUUUCGGGCUGAGUGGCCAGGAGCCCGUCCCGCGGGUGUGUCCCAUCCCUCCCCUCAAUAAAGGGCUGCUCAGCUCCGUU